AUGCAGGAUACAAUGAUGAAAUAUGUGAGCGUCUAUUUCAAAUUCAAAGGGGAGAUCUCUUGUGUAACCUUGAAGACAACAGUGGAGGAUAUAAGUUUGGCAAUGCUAGAAGAAAAAUUGUAUAAAAAGCUUGCGUUGGAUGAAAGUAACGUAAAACUGGUAUUGAAGUGCAUGCCGAUGGUGUAUGGAUCUGAAGAACAGCAAAUUAUUCGUGAUGAUGAUGAUCUGUUUGGUUUCCUAACAACCGUUGAUAAAGACAACCGUAGAUCUCUUUUGUUAGUGGAGGAAACGAGUAGAUCAGAUCAGUUAGAGAAGGUGUCGAGAGUGGGCAGAAGUUCAUUUGGUAUGAACUACGAAGUGUUGCAGGGAGAUGAUGAUGUUUAUGAUGAAAUCGGACCGAAGGCCAUAACUCUGUAUGUAGAAAAUGGUCAAGCAAAUCAACAGAAGGAUCCGAUAGAUUCAGAGAAUGAUUUUAUGGAUACGGACACUGCAGCAGAGACAGACACUGCAGCAGAGACAGACACCGCAGCAGAGACAGACACCGCAGCUGAAACGGACACAGCAGCUGAAACGGACACCGCAGCUGAAACGGACACCGCAGCUGAAACGGACACAGCAGCUGAGACGGACACCGCAGCAGAGACGAACACCGCAGGUGAGACGGGUAUGGCUGCAGAUAAGUAUAUUGAGCAGCCACCUAUAAAAAAAGGUAGUCAGGUUAUAGAGGCUUGGGAAGACGGUUUGGGUCUGUAUAAGCUUCAGGAGUUUCCAAGUAAGAAAGCACUUCAAGAGGUGGUCGAUAGAGCUGCAUUUGGUGAAUGCUUUCGUUAUGUUAUCAAAAAGUCGGACCGGAGACGAUUGGUGUUAAAAUGUUGUGAAGCAACUUGUAAGUGGAGAUUACGAGCUGCAAAGAUUUCAGAGACUGAAUUUUUUUCAGUUAGGAGGUACACAGGUGUGCAUACAUGCUCUCGGUCUAAUCAAAGUAAAAGCAGCAACAUCAAGAGGAAAGGCUCAGCAGAAUUAGUGGCGACUUUUUUGAAUGAGGAUAAUCCUGGAAAACUAAGUACUCCUGUUCCGAAAGAUAUCAUGGAUCUUAUAAAGUUAAAACUUGGUGUAACAAUAUCCUACUCCACAGCCUUGAGAGGGAAAAAUCUAGCUAUUUCUGAGUUGCGUGGUGGUCAAUCCGGGAACAAAAACAGGGUGAAGUUGGAUGAAGCAAAUAAGUUCAAGUACCUCUUCGUAGCUCUGGGAGCUUGUAUUGAAGGUUUUGCAGCCAUGAGGAAGGUGAUAGUUGUCGAUGCCACAUUUCUGAAGAAUGGAUAUGGUGGUGUACUAGUAUUUGCUAAAGCUCAAGAUCCUAAUCGUCACCAUUAUCCGCUUGCGUUUGGUGUACUCGACGGUGAGAAUAAUGCUAGUUGGACAUGGUUUUUCGAGAUGCUCAAAACUGCUAUACCAGACUCUUCUGAAUUAGUAUUUAUGAGUGAUAGAAACCAGAGCCUAAUCGCAGCUGUAGCUAAUGUGUUUCCACAAUCUCACCAUGGCCAUUGUAUAUGGCAUUUGUCUCAGAAUGUGAGAGGGCAUGCUUGUAACACAACCAAAGCCGUAGUCGCAUGGAGAUUUAUGGAGUUGGCUAGGUGUUACACGGUGGCUGAGUUCGAGUAUGCUUACGCAUCUUUUAAGGUGAGAUUUCCUCCAGCAUACAAGUAUUUGGAGGAGCAUACGGAUAAACGCACAUGGGCUCGGGUUUAUUUCCCAGGUGUGAGGUACAACUUGGACACUAGCAACAGUGUGGAGUCAAUGAACAGCGUCUUUAAGGACGCCAGGAGGUAUGCUUUAAUACCAUUGUUGGAUACAAUCAUCAAAAAGUUUUCAGACUGGUUCAAUGAACAUCGGAAAGACUCUGCGGCUGGGUCGAUUGAUACCAAACUGGUUCCUCUUGUCGAGAUUCACUUGCAUAACCUAUGGAGCACAGCUGAGAAAACACCAGUGCGUGAGCUUAAUAGUUAUGAGCUUGAGUACGAGGUAACUGACACUGAAAACGGGAAGAAUUAUGUUGUCAACUUGAUAGAGAAAAGCUGUAGCUGCAAGGUGUAUGAUUAUGAAAUGUAUCCUUGUCUGCACGGACUUGCUGCUUACUUAUAUUUCCUUGAGGUUGAAGCUGCUCCUGGUCGUCGACGUGAUGUGAAGAUAGAGUAUCAUGAGUUGUGCUCGAAAUAUUACUGGACGGAACUUUGGGCAUUGGCUUAUUACAAGGCCAUUUAUUCUGUGCCGGACAGGUGUGAUUGGAAUGUACCAGAUCACAUCAGAGAGCUUCAGAUCAUACUUCCGGAUCGCCUCAAGAGGAAGGGAAGAAAAAAGAAUAAGAGGAAUCCAUCUGUUGGUGAACGACGUAAAAGGACACAAAACAUAAGGCGACGAAGGCAAAAUUUCGGUUUCAGUUGGCUGUUGUUUGGAAUGCGUAAUAGCAAUCCCAGUGAAUCAAACUAG